AUGAUCGGCGUGUGGAUGUACAGGAAGCCGCGCUGGUUGAAGAAUUCGUGCGUGGCGAAGGCCAUGGCGUUGCGGACGCGCAUGGCGGCGCCGUGGAUGUUGGAGCGUGGACGCAGAUGCGCGUGGGCACGCAGAUGUUCGAGCGCCUUAAUCUCGACUUCUUGGCCCUUCGCGGGGGACUUGACUACAACACCUUCCACGCUGAAGCUGGCACCGACACCGCCUGACGCGAUGGCAUCAGCGAAUCCCUCGGUCUCCUCCUUGUUGAUGACGCACUGCACGCCGGCGAAGCACGAGCCGUCGUUUAGCUCUAGGAAGGCGAAGGCACCGGCGCCAGCCUCACGCAGCGUCUUGGCCCAACCCUUGACGGUCACCGUCUUUCCCUCGUGCUCCAGGCCGCUGCCCAGAAGCUCCUUGACGCGGAUGCGGUUGCGACGGAACAGCGUUGGGGCAGUCCUCUUGAACUGCGUGGCGCUUGUUGCAAAAUGA